CUGGGGACGGGGGCGAGGAGGGGGGCGACUUCCUGGGGCCGCCCGUGAGGAUGUCGCGACCUCCCCCGGUUGCCCCUCUGCCCCGGAGACACCGCGGCGGCGGAGCCUUCCACCUUUCUGCCUGAGGCGUCCGCGGUGGAGACCCGGUCCCGUCCCAUUCCCAGGUGUGGGCCGGGCGGGCCGCAGAGGCAGAUUCUAUCAUGUGGGCAACCUGCUGCAACUGGUUCUGCUUGGAUGGACAGCCUGAGGAGGUCCCCCCACAACAGGGAGCCAGGACGCAAGCCUAUUCCAAUCCUGGGUACAGUUCCUUCCCUUCCCCAACAGGCUCGGAGCCAAGUUGCAAGGCCUGUGGGGCUAAUUUUGCAAGCACAGCCCGAAAGCAGACCUGCUUGGACUGUAAGAAAAAUUUCUGCAUGACCUGUUCAAGCCAGGAGGGGAAUGGGCCCCGCCUCUGCCUUCUCUGCCAACGGUUUCGAGCCACAUCCUUUCAGCGGGAGGAGCUCAUGAAGAUGAAGGUGAAGGACCUCAGGGACUACCUCAGCCUCCACGAUAUCUCCACUGAAAUGUGCCGGGAGAAAGAGGAGCUGGUGUUCUUGGUGCUGGGCCAGCAGCCUAUAAUCUCCGAGGAGGACAGGACUCGUGCUCCCACCUUGUCCCCAGACUUCCCUGAGCAGCAGGCCUUCCUGAACCAGCCUCACACCAGCACUGUACCAGCUACCUCACCCAGCCUCCCUUCUUCACCUACACAGGCCACCUCCGGUCCCCAAGCCCAGGCUCAGGAAAACCAGGCCAAUGGCCAUGUGUCUCAGGACCACGAGGAUCCCGUCUACCUGCAGAGCACAGCCAGAACACCUGCUGAGGAUGAGACCCAGUCCAUUGACUCAGAGGAUGGUUUUGUCCCAGGCCGAAGGGCCUCUCUGUCUGACCUGACACACCUGGAAGAUAUCGAAGGCCUGACGGUCCGGCAGCUGAAAGAGAUCCUGGCUCGCAACUUCGUCAACUACAAGGGCUGCUGUGAGAAGUGGGAACUGAUGGAGAGAGUGACUCGGCUGUACAAGGAUCAGAAAGGACUGCAACACCUGGUGGGUGGUGCUGAAGACCAAAAUGGAGCAGCAGUGCCAUCUGGCCUGGAGGAGAACCUAUGUAAGAUCUGCAUGGACUCACCUAUUGACUGUGUUCUGCUGGAGUGUGGCCACAUGGUGACCUGUACCAAGUGUGGCAAGCGCAUGAAUGAAUGUCCCAUCUGCCGGCAGUAUGUGAUCCGCGCAGUGCAUGUCUUCCGGUCCUGAGGGUUCGCAUCAGCUUCUACAGUGCCUUAUAGGAUGUAGCCCAGGGUGUCUGAGUUCAGGGUGGUCAGCUUGUGUAGAGGCAGACUAUCAGAAGAAAUUCUGCAGUGUUCCCAAGACCAGGGAAAGCAAAGAUGCCAUGUUAUCUCUAGGCAUACCUAUCUUGCCAUGGAGGCAUGGCUCUUGAUGAGCUGAGCUCUGGGCCAGUGGGAACUGGUGCAGAUCCCCUGGGUAAAAGACCGUUUCAGUGACAGAGGAUGUUCCAGAGCUUGGACCACGUUUCCCUCCGAGAACCUAGGCACGCUUCCUCCUGUGCCCUACUAGCUCCCUAAGCACACCUUCCUAUCUCACCAAUCAGAAAUCCUGCUAGAGAUGGUUCCCUUCCAGACAUUAGGAUUUAAAUUUCUGGUCUCUGUGCUUUAACAUACAUUUAAAGUCUCUUGCUACAAUGCUUAAAAUCCACUUGUUUCUUUGGACCAAAAAAAAUGUGAACUUUUCAGUGGUUCUUAGGACAGAAUUUGGAUCAGUAAACUUAAUGGUGGUGAAAAUGACA